ACCUUACAUAGUACAUACGUACAAUCUGUCAAUUCUACCAACACCACUCCAGCUUCCAAGGACCACCACCGCACGACGCAAGAGAUUAAUGCAUCCCACCUAGAUCAGACUUACGACGAUACUACCUAAUUCCUAACAUUCGUAGCCGUCAUGGCCGAUGCCGACGAGAAGGCGAAAGCCGAAAAGUUGGCGGCCGUAAGGAAACGAGCAGAGCAGAUCAAGAAGAAGAAGAAGAAAGCUGCCCCGGCGGAGCCCCGGGAAGACGCCGAACCCGCCCCCGCGGCAGAGCCAGAAGGGGGCUCCUCCACAAGCAAGCCUGAAGUCGAAGCUCCCGUACCCGAGGAUUCCAAGGAUGCGCCCUCGCCUGACGAAGACUUUGGAGCCCUGGACCUCUCCGAAGAUCAUCCACCCGCGUCCCCCUCUCCGUCCCAACCGCCGGCCUCCCUCGCUCAACAGUCAAAGUUGCGCUCCGCUUCGUUCCGCCAAGGUUCGAUUUCUGUCGGCAGCGGCCCGCUGUCUCCCGGCCCCUUCAGUCCAGAGGGUGAGACGGCCACGGACAUCUACAAGAAGCACGUUGCCCGCAUAGAGGAACUAGAGAAGGAGAACAAGCGUCUGGCCAAGGAGGCGACCGAUGCAGAGAAGCGCUGGAAGAAGGCCGAAGAGGAGCUUGCCGAUUUGAGGGAGGAAGACGGCCAGGGUAGCGGCAGCAAGACGGGAUCUGAUAGCCUUGUCGAGAACCUGAAAUCCGAGAUCGCCUCUCUCGAACGACAGAACACUCAGCUCCAGCAGCAACUUUCCCGCUCCGGGUCAUCCCGGCAGGGCUUGUCGUCACCGUCCGUCUCUGCCGGAUCUCCCCCGGCCAUCGCCGAGCUCGAGGCCAGUCUGGCCUCCAAGUCGGCCACCAUCGAGACCAUGGAGCUCGAGAUCUCCAAGCUCCGCGCGCAGGCCGACCGCUUUCCAUCCGAGCGCGAGCAGAUCGCCGCCCUCGAAGAACGCCUCGCCCGCUCCGAAAAGGCCGCCAGCCUCGCCCAGCGCGAGCUGGCCGACGUGCGCCGCAACCUCGACCGCACCACCGAGAAGGUCGUGCGCGAAGGCAGCGAGCGCACCUCGGCCGAGACCAAACUGCGGGCCCUGGAGCACGAGCUCGCCGACGCCCUCGCCGCGCGCCUCGACGUCGAGAAGAAGGCCGACGACCUCGAGAAGAAGGUGGCCGCCCUGAAGACGCUGCACAAGGAGCACGACGCGCGCACCCAGGCGCUGCGACGCGACAAGGAACGCGCCGAGAAGGAGGUCAAGGACCUCAAGACCCGGGCUGAGCGGCUCGAGGGGGAGAACGGCCAGCUGCGGAGCCGCCGGUCGGUCGAGGGCGGGGGCGGGGGCGGCCUGGACGACGAAGGCGUGGACGAGCUGGAGAACGAGGUGCGGGGGCGGCUCGAGAAGAAGAUUCGCGAUUUGGAGGCCGAGGUCCAUGAUCUGCGCCGCGGCGUGUGGCAGGAGAAGCGCCGCGAUCUUGCUGACGCCGCCAGCCCCGGUGCGGCGUCGUUCCAGGACGUGGAUCUCGGCGCGCCGUCACCCGGCGCUGCGCGUAAGGGCAGCCACCACCACCGCCACCACCAUCAGCAUCAGCAUCACGGUGGCGGUAUUACGAAUAUUAUUCAGACCGGUCUCAACGUGCUCACCGGCCAUACCGAUGAUGACGACCUGUUAGAAGAAGACGACGUGGAGUUCGACGAGGAUGCGUUCCGACGGGCGCAGGAGCAGGAUGCCAAGGCGCGGCUUGAGAGGAUUAAGGAGAUCAAGAGGGGGCUCAAGAAUUGGGAAGGCUGGCGGUUGGACCUCGUCGACCUGCGGCGGGGUGGCCAGGAAGGGUUUGGGGACAUUUUCGACGUCUAAGUUGGGCUUUGCAAUGUGUUGGGAUGCGUUGUCCAGGUUACGUGAAGCAUUGGUCGUAGUAUGUCGAGCUUUAUGAUACGCGUUUCUGCUUGCUUGUCUAUGAAUGAAGCCCCUCGCAUGGGAGAUUUCGAAUAAUCAAAGGGAGAGGUUCUGAUGGGGAUGUGUUUUCCCAUGACAACAUUAUGGAAACAUAGAUUUCUCUGGAUGGUCCGCAGGGCCCAGGACGGAGAUGACGAGGUUCUAUAGACUACAUAUUUUCAUACACAAGAGGCAGCGCUUCCGCCGAAUAUUACAAGCGUCUUCU